GACGAUAAAUCGAUUGAUUUGUUGAAUCGAGUCUACGAGCGAGAGAGACCGAGGAGAAAAGUUUUUGAGUUUUUGUCCGGACCAGCAAUAGCAAGAAGAUGCCUUGCUUGAACCUGUCCACUAACGUGAGCCUGGAGGGCAUUGACACCUCCUCCAUCCUCUCUGAAGCAACCUCUUCCGUUGCCAAGCUCAUCGGAAAACCUGAGGCUUAUGUCAUGAUCGUGCUGAAGGGAUCAGUACCCAUUUCGUUUGGUGGGACUGAACAGCCAGCAGCCUAUGGUGAAUUGGUGUCCAUUGGAGGACUUAACCCUGACGUAAACAAGAAGCUGAGUGCUGCAAUAUCUGCGAUACUUGAAACCAAGUUGUCUGUUCCAAAGUCACGAUUCUUCCUGAAGUUCUAUGACACCAAGGGCUCCAACUUCGGAUGGAAUGGGUCCACUUUCUAAAUUCUGCUUUCCCUUCUGUGUUGUCUUGAACUUUUUAUAAACUGAAUGCCAUGGGUGGAAGCAAUUUACCAUAUGAUAAUUGGCCACUGCAGUUGCUGUGGUAAUACAAUGGAAUAUGUCAUAUAUUUUCUUAGUUUGUGUUAUUAUGGUCCAGACUAUGUGGAAUGCUAUCAGAUGCCUUUCUUAAUUAUUUGUUUGUUUAUAAA